CUCACAAACCAAAAUUACGUCUUGUCAGGCCAAUCGUUUGACCUUACCAAAGUCAAGGACAGCAGUCUCCGAAUCUGAUCACCCCGAAUUAGGCCGUCUCCCUUUGUUCCCCUGUCACCGAGACUGACGUGUGACCGUGUCGCAUCCGACGACUUGACGCAGCGUGACCGGUCACCGAUUAUCACCUGUAUAUAUAUGCUGGAUGCGCGAAUAAAGGCAUAUUAUAUUUGGGCAACAUGACACGAGCAGUUUUGGUAGUGGUUUUAGCUGUGAUGGCGAUUGGAUUAUCUGCACGCGGCAUUCGCGUAAGACGCGGCUACAACAACAGCGGCUACGGCUCAGGCGGGUACGGGCGCGGGAGCGAUGAGGGCGACGCCAGCGUCAGCCAGGAGGGCAGCAGUAGCUGCAAUGGCAGCGGCAAUAGCGGGAGAGGCUAUGGGAACAGCGGCAGUCGCGAGCUGGCCUACCACAAGGACGGGCGGUCGUCCUCCGAGCGCGUGCGAGGAGGACGCUCCUUCGCGUCCGCCUCCGCCUCCGCCACCGCCUUCAAUCAAAACCUGAGGAGCAACCUCGUUAAUGUAUAGUUGUUGGGAUGAAACUGAGAAUUAAUAUGGGGCUAGUUAAGAAUUAGUUUGUAGACUUUUGUAUAAUUAGAUAAAGCAUAGCAUAGAUAGAUUUAUAAGAUCGAUUUACCUACUGUAAGAUUUGUCAUGUACGA